AUGUCAACAAGACGACUGCUGCACACGAUGAUUCGUGUGGGGGAUUUGGAUCGCAGUAUCAAAUUCUACACAGAGGCCCUCGGUAUGCGCCUGCUGCGAAAGUGGGACUGCCCAGAGGACAAAUUCACACUGGCUUUUCUCGGAUAUGGCACCGAGUGUGAGACUGCGGUCCUGGAGCUUACCUACAACUACGGCCAGAGUGAGUACAAGCACGGGGAUGCGUAUGGGCACAUUGCAAUUGGUGUGGAGGAUGUCGAUGGAGAAGUCGCCCGGUUGAGGGCAAUGAAUGUGCCGAUCGACUAUGAAAGCGGCGAUGGUUUCAUGGCAUUUAUUGUGGACCCCGAUGGGUACUAUAUCGAGCUUCUUAACACGGAACAGAUGAUGAAAAAGUCCCGAGAGCACAUGAAGCAACAGGGCACGGCUUAA